UGUGAGCCUUCUCUUCGUUUGUUCUGCAGCCUCUUCCCUCGACAUCCGGUACGACGAUCUUAUCUUCGAAUCGACCUCUCAAACACCAACCUUCGGAAACUGGAUAUCGCCAAGUGGGCUGGUGGACAGAGGGCGCGGACCGCCAUGGCGUCCAAGAUCAGGACAGACUCGACCGUCUCGGCGGACUUCGAGAUGGUCCAGGAGAUGCCUCGCUUCCAAAGGGUCUACUGGAGGAGGGAGCCGCAUCUCAGGAAGCUGUACGGGAUGGCGGUCAUCCUGAUGGUGGCGUCGGCGACGACCGGGUACGAUGGCAUGCUGGUCAACACCUCUCAGCAGAUCGACGCCUGGAACCAUUUCUUCUUCCCCGAGCUCAAGGACAACCCGAACCUCAAAGACCCCGUGCUCGACAGCAAGCUCGCGAUCCUCGUCAACAUGUUCAACAUCGGCUCCAUCGUGUCCUUCUUCAUCACGCCGUAUGUGGCGGACCACUUUGGGCGGAAGCCGGCCAUCGUCGCGGGUUGCGUAUUCAUGGUUGCGGGCGGGUUCUUGACAGCCUUCUGCAACGGCUAUGGAAUGUUUAUGGGCGGCCGUUUCGUCCUCGGCUUCGGCAACUCGCUCGCCCAGAUGGCGUCCCCCUUGCUCCUGACCGAGAUCUGCCACCCGCAGCACCGCGGGCCGGUCACGGCCAUCUACAACUGCCUGUGGAACGCGGGCGCGCUGCUGGUGUCGUGCAUCGCGUGGGGUACGGCCAACGUCCGGAACGACUGGUCGUGGCGGUCCAUCACGCUGAUCCAGGCGGUGCCGUCGGUCAUCCAGCUGGUGGGCAUCUGGUGGAUUCCCGAAUCGCCGCGGUACCUGGUCAACCGCGAGCGGCACCAGGAGGCGCUGCACAUCCUGACCAAGUGGCACGCCGGCGGCGACCCGCACAACGCGACGGUGCAGUUCGAGUUCCGCGAGAUCCGCGAGACCAUCCGCAUCCAGAAGGAGACGGAGCGCGCCACCAGCUACCGCGACUUUGUGCGCACGCGCGGCAACCGCUGGCGCCUGGCCAUCAUCGUCUCGCUCGGCGUCAUCUCGCAGUACAGCGGCAACGCGCUUUUCUCCAACUACAUGAACGCCAUCUACCUCGGCGCCGGCAUCCGCAACCAGAACCAGAAGCUGGCCAUGUCGACCGGCAAGACCAUCCUCGACCUGGUCGUGACCAUCGCCGCCGCGCUCAACGUCGACCGCUUCGGCCGCCGCCCGCUGUUCCUCGUGUCCAUGGUCGGCAUGGUGACGGCCUUUGCCUGCUGGACUGUGACGGGCGCCGUGUACGAGAACUCGGGCGAGCUGGACGUCAAGGCCGGCUACGCCCAGCUCGUCUUCAUCUGGAUCUUUGGCAUCUUCUACGACAUCGGCUUCUCGGGCCUGCUGGUCGCCUACGCGCUCGAGGUGCUGCCGUUCCAUCUGCGCGCCAAGGGCAUGAUGAUCAUGAACAUCACCGUGCAGGCCAUGCUGGCCAUCAGUAACCAAACCAACAAGAUCGCCUGGGAGAGGCUGCCGCACCACUGGCACUUCAUGCUCUUCUACACCAUUUGGGACCUGUGCGAGCUGCUGUUUGUGUGGUUCUUCUACGUCGAGACCAAGGGCCCCACUCUCGAAGAGAUUGCGCGCAUCUUCGACGGCGACGGCGCCGUCGCGAAUAUCGACAUGCACGACGUGCAAAAAGACAUCUACGCCAUGGAGGACCGCGACCACGAUAUGCUGCCGGGGCGGGCUUUAUGAACAUGUUCGGGCUAUGUGCUUGCGUUAUGCUUUCGUUGGUUCUAUUUCAAGAAAAAGCUUUCAGCGGUCAAGAUCUGGAGUCUGGCGUCGUGUCGUUUGCUGCUGC